UUAAACUCUUCUGGGUCUAUAUUGGCUUUUGCUUUCUUCUGCAGACUCUCUCUCUCUGGGUUUGCUGCAGAAAAGCCUUGUGUACUCACCAGUAUAUUAAGCCAUAAAAAAAGUUCUAAGAGAAUAAUCCUGUUUUGAGCAUAAUUUUGUAUUCUUUUUCCACUUUUUGCAAAUACAUCAGUUUCUUCUUUGUUCGUCUGCAAAUUUUCUUUGAAAUUUUCUUUCUUUCACUUGAGGAAAAGAGAUAGAGAGAGACAUGGGCAAGCAAGGGCCCUGCUAUCACUGUGGAGUUACAAGCACCCCUCUUUGGCGCAAUGGGCCACCUGAAAAGCCAGUACUUUGCAAUGCAUGUGGAUCUCGAUGGAGGACUAAGGGAACACUAGUAAAUUAUACCCCUCUACAUGCUCGAGCAGAACCUGAUGAUUAUGAAGAUCACAGAGUUUCCAGGAUGAAGAUCAUGUCUAUAAAUAAAAACAAAGAAGUGAAACUGGUUAAAAGAAAGCAGCAUCCUGAUAGUGUAGGGGUUGGUGCUGAUUACUCCCUUGGGUUUCGGAAGCUAGUUGAUGAAGAUACAAGUAAUAGAUCCAGUUCCGGGUCUGCUGUGUCUAACACUGAAAGUUGUGCACACUUUGGGAGUGCAGAUGCAAGUGAUUUGACAGGUCCUGCUCAGUCAAUGGUGUGGGACUCAACAGUACCUUCUAGGAAAAGGACCUGUGUCGGUCGUCCAAAACAAUCUCCUGUUGAAAAGCUCACAAAAGAUCUAUAUACUAUUUUACAUGAACAACAACAGUCUUCAUACUUCUCUGGGUCUUCUGAAGAAGAUCUACUUUUUGAGAGUGAAACACCUAUGGUCUCUGUUGAGAUAGGACAUGGAAGUGUUCUCAUAAGGCAUCCCAGCUCAAUAAUCCGAGAAGAGGAAUCUGAAGCUAGCUCACUUUCAGUUGAUAACCUGCAGUGCCAUAGAAAUGAGGCUUAUUCCCGUUCUGCAUCCCUUCUUGUACAUAACAACGAGGGUGUAAAUAUGUCCAGUACUGUGAUUGGAAAGAUGAAUAGCCCUGCAGGACAAGGGAUGCAACAAGAGAAAAGGGACAAGUCACAGCAUGACAACUUGCAAAUCUUGGGAAACCAUAAUUCACCACUUCGUCAUAUAGAUUUAAAUGAUAUUGUAAAUUAUGAAGAGUUCAUAAGGCAGUUGACAAAUGAGGAGCAACAGCAAUUACUGAAGCAUCUACCUCCAGCUGAUGUCAAAUUUCCUUAUAGCCUCAAAAAUAUGUUUGAUAGCCCUCAGUUCAGAGAGAACUUAACUUCCUUUCAGCAACUGCUUGCAGAAGGGGUCUUUGAUAUCUCCCUCCCAGGGGCAAAGUCUGAAGACUGUAAGACUUUGAAAAGGCUUGUAUUAUCCAAUUCUUCAAAAUCUAAAUGGGUUGAGCGCUAUCAUCUUAUCAAGAAGUGUAAGACUACCCCAGGAAAGUCUGUUGUCUCUGGAUCUAACUUCACCACAUCUAGUAAUUUUCGACAAGUCAAGAGACUGCGGGACAAUGAGACUCAAAGUUUUCCAGAUGUAAAGAUGGUUAUGAAGAGCCCCAAAAGGGUAAUCAUGAAGGGGGGCUAUGAAAACAAGGAUAUCCUAGACUACGAUGGUUCUUGCUUUAGUCCAAGAAGCCUCUUUGCUUUGCCUCCCGAUGGUAGCUCUCUCAUGCUAGAUUCCAUGAGUUUUGUCGAAGAAAGUUCUGACCAAGAUCUUCUGCUGGAUGUUCCAUCCAAUGGUUCUUACCCACAAGCAGAGCUUCUUCACCCAACAUUGAGUUUUGGUUCCCAACAAGCAAGCACUAGUAGUAGCUCAAUAUACCCACAUCUACUCCAUCCCUGACAAAUUUCGGAUGCUAUGGUGAUCAAUAGGAUUAUACAGCUCUAUGCCUUGUACCAAAAGCCGUGACAAGGGUUCAUGUAUUUUGCACGCUAAAAACACAGUAUGUGAAUGAGUGUUUGAUGGUUGCAACUUUUUUUCCCUCUGGCUUUUCGAACCUGGAAUUCUAAAGGGAUGAAUUUGAGGUGGGCUUUUUGUAUAGGUUGACAGCAGGUUGUAAUAUAAGCUAAAUAUUGCACAAACUGGUAAGUUCCAUAGUUUUGUAUGACUAUGACUUCUAGUUUUUGUCUUUCAUAAU